AUGGCACGGCCUCCCAAGAUCCCAGUGAUCCCAGAGGUGACAGGUGCUGCCGAGUCCCCAGAGCGCAAACCACUCGAUGAGAACGAGAAUGGGGCCGGUCCUACUACUAUCUUCCCCUGGUAUAAUCCACGGGGCUGGUCUCUACUCAAGAAAGUUCUCGUUGGACUGGGAGCCGCCAUUUUCAUCAUCGUGGUCAUCCUCGCUCCAUACUAUGGAGUCAAACUCAAUCGCUACCCAAAUUAUACCGCCCUGGACUACAGAAUAGUCGACACAUACUCGGGUACCUCGUUCUUUGAGCAAUUCAACUAUUUCUCCGAUGAAGACCCCACAGAUGGUCAUGUCGUCUACGUCGGUGAAAUGGCUGCCCACGAUCUAAAUCUGACCUACGCAACGGACACAUCUGCCAUCCUACGCGUGGACUCAUCCACACCGAAGGCACUAAACGGCCGCAACUCGGUUCGAAUCGAGUCUAAAAAGACCUAUGACACAGGUCUGUUUAUCUUCGACAUCAUCCACACGCCCUACGGCUGCGCUACCUGGCCCGCGCUGUGGUUGGUGGAUGGGUAUAACUGGCCGAAUAAUGGCGAGAUCGAUAUUCUGGAGACGACGAACAUGGGCUCUCAUGGUAAUGAGGUCACUCUACACACGACUAAGGGGUGUAAUAUGGAUGUUAAGCGGAAGCAGACCGGUUCGGCUGUUUCCAAGACUUGUGAUGAUUCCAUGCGUGGCAACUCGGGUUGUGGUGUUGUGGGAGAUCCAUCUACAUACGGUGAAGCUCUAAAUGAGGCUGGCGGCGGAGUCUACGCCCUCGAACUCCGAGACGCCGGGAUAAGAGCAUGGUUCUUCCCUCGCCGCGCCAUCCCACACAAUAUUAACGAUCCAACCGCCAUUCCGGACCCAUCAACCUGGGGUACAGCGCUAGCCGACUUCCCCAGCACGGAGUGCGAUAUUGGCUCUCACUUCCGGAAUCAGAGUAUCAUUGUCAAUAUUGAUCUUUGCGGCCAACUCGGUGCCCAGAAUCAGUUUUAUCAUGAGUUGUAUAAGUGUCCCGGGUCCUGUGAGGAGCUGGUCGCUAAUAACCCGUCUGCUUUUGAGGAUGCUUAUUGGGAGUUUGCUGGGUUUCAGGUUUAUCAGGCUCUUUGA